AUGCAGGGCUGUCCCGGAAGCUCUCCUGAGCCCUCCCACCCCAACGAGAACCAGGAGGGCCUGGGAGGGAGACGCACAGGGGCAGGCCGAGCAGCCGGUGCACAGCCCCUACCGCCCACCGGGAGCCGGGGCGCCCCGUACCUGGGCCAGGCUGGCCGGCUCUUCGACCACGGCGGCACCGUCUUCUUCAGCUUGUUCACGGCGUGGGCCGUGCCGCUCCUGCAGUACUAGAAGCGGAAGAGCGCCACGCUGCCCUCCCGCUGGGGCUGCACCGACUGCGAGGACCUCGACGAGCGGCCGAGGCCCCAGGCUGCCACCUCAGCUCCCACAACAGCCGUGAACCCCAUCACCGGUGAGAGUGAGCCCUACUUCCCCAAGAGAAGCCGCCUGCGCCGGGUGCUGGCCGGCUCCGCAGUGGUCGUGAUGAUGGUGGCCGUGGUGGUCAUGUGCCUGGUGUCCAUCAUCCUGUACCGGGCCAUCGCGGCCGUCCUGGUGUCCAGGUCAGAUAACACCCUCCUCGCGGCCUGGGCGUCACGCGUCUCCAGCCUCACGGGGUCCCUGGUGAACCUUGUCUUCAUCCUCAACCUCUCCAAGACCUACAUGGCCCUGGCCCACGUCCUGACGAAAUGGGAGACGCACCGGACCCAGACCAAGUUCGAGGACGCCUUCACCCUCAAGCUGUUCAUCUUCCAGUUCGUCAACUUCUAUUCCCCCCCCCCCCCCCCCCCCCCCGUCUACAUCGCCUUCUUCAAGGGCAGAUCAGCGUUCGUGGGCUACCCGGGCAGCUACCACACCUCGCCUGGGGUCCGCAGCGAGGAGUGUGCGGUCGGAGGCUGCCUCACUGAGUUGGCACAGGAGCUCCUGGUCAUCACGGUGGGCAAGCAGAUCAUCUACAACGUGCAGGAGAUUCUUGUCCCGCGACUACGGGGCCGGUGGCAGAGGUCCCGGCUCUGCUCCAAGGAGAGGAAGCCAGGGCUGGCCAGGUGCCCUGGGAGGCAGGCAGACUACGAGUUUCUGCCCUUUCAGGGCCUCUUUGACGGGUGCCUCGAGAUGGGGCUGCAGUCCGGCCUCAUCACAGUCUUCCUGGCCGCCUGCCUCCUCGCGCCGCUCUUCGCCCUGCUCAACAACCAGGUGGAGAUCCACCUGGACGCGCGCAAGUUCGUCCGCGAGCGCCGGCGCCCCGUGGCCGAGCGCGCGCAGGGCAUCGGCAUCUGGUUCCACAGCCUGGCGGGCAUCACCCGCCUGGCGGUCAUCAGCAACGCCUUCCUGCUGGCCUCCUCGUCCGACUUCCUGCCGCGCGCCUACUACCAGUGGAGCCGCUCCCGCAACCUGCGCGGCUUCGUCAACUUCACCGCCGCGCACAACCGCACGUGCAGGUAUCAGGCUUUCAGGGGGGAUGCUGGACAUCAUGCCCGGACCUACUGGAAUCUUCUGGACAUCCGCCUGGCCUUCAUCAUCGUGUGUGAGCACGUGGUGUUCUCCAUCGGCCGGGUCCUUGACCUCUUGGUGCCUGACAUGCCCGGAUCUGUGGAGAUCAAGGUGAAGCGAGAGUAGUGCCUGGCCAGGCAGGCGCUAGCCGAGAACGAGGUUCUUUUUGGAACAAACGGGGCGGAAGAGGACCAGCCCGCGGGCUCAGAGAUGAAUCUGGGCCCACAAGCCUAG